GAGAGGCACAGCUAAACUAUUUGCAUAAUCCUGAAAGGGCCGCACUGAGUGGUUGGGGUAUAGAAGCCGAAUCUGAAACGGGCUAUCUCAUUGGUUUAAAUUUCCCCGCUUGCCUUGCUUUCCCGUCGCGGCCAGACUUGGCCCUGAGGUCAGUCGGAAGCCUCCGGCUAGUGGCGAGAGAGGACCCAGGUGUCCAGGCCGUGGGCGCUGCAGGAGUCGCUCAAAAGCAGGGCCCCAGGGCUCGAAGCAGUUGGGUAUGGGUACUGAGAACGAAAGCCCAGAACCGGACUGCCAGAAACAGUUCCAGGCGGCAGUCAGCGUCAUUCAGAAUCUGCCUAAGAACGGCUCUUACCGCCCCUCCUAUGAAGAGAUGCUGCGAUUCUACAGCUACUACAAGCAGGCUACCAUGGGGCCCUGCCUGCUCCCCCGGCCUGGGUUCUGGGACCCCAUUGGACGAUAUAAGUGGGACGCCUGGAACAGCUUGGGCAAGAUGAGCAGGGAAGAGGCCAUGUCAGCCUACAUCACUGAGAUGAAGCUGGUGGCACAGAAGGUGAUCGACACAGUACCCCUGGGUGAGGUGGCAGAGGACAUGUUUGGUUACUUCGAGCCCCUGUACCAAGUGAUCCCUGAUAUGCCAAGGCCCCCGGAAACCUUCCUAAAAAGGGUCACAGGCCGGAAAGAGAAGGUACUGAAUGGACAUGCUGGGGCUGCUGCAGAGCCUCCCUGCCUCCCCAGUGAACCAGCACCCACCAGCCCAGAGUCCCAGCUACCUAGGGACCUAGACUCUGAGGUUUUCUGCGAUUCCCUGGAACAGCUGGAGCCUGAGCUGCAGGUUUUGGCAGAGCAGCAGGGAGCCUCCGGAGGAGAGCCUGCCACCGGAAACAGCCCCGUGCCCCCUGCAGAGAAAGAGGGCAGCCUCCUAGGGCCCCAGGACUUGGACACGUGGCUGGUGGGGACAGUUCGGGCACUGCAGGAGAACAUGCAGGAUGUCCAGGGGAGACUCCAGAGCCUGGAGAGCGUGAAUGACCCACCCAAGCAGAGGCGUCUGCCCAGUGCCCAGCCUUGGCCCCUCCGGCUCUCGGGCCGCACGCUGCUCUUCUUCCUCCUGUGGCCCUUCAUCGUCCAGUGGCUCUUCCGACAGUUUCGGACCCAGAAGAGGUGACUGUCUGUGAUGGGGAUGGGGGGGCUAUUCAGCCAACUGAGGAGGCUAUGAGUCCCCUGUCCUGCUGUGCCCUGAGCCUUCCUAGGGUUUAGGAAAACAGCAUUAACUGCGGUUUCUCCCACCACCCAGUGGUUGCCUUGGCACCCCUCCCCUAAUGGGGUGUGGGAUAAGACCCCACCCUUCCCUGCAGCUUCACUUGGACGCCCGCUCCCCUAACCCCAGUCUCCCUGGGAAGGCUGCAGGAGUGGUGUCAGUCCCAGGUUCUGGGUGGGCCUGUGACUCGGGGGCGGGGCUGCCCGGGCCCAGGCUCCGCGCUCUUCACCGUCGGGUCACCUGAUUCUCCUUCCACCCCAGUCUCUCCCCGUGGAGGCGGUUCUGGGGCCAGCUGGGACUUGGGCCGGGGCCUGGAAGAAUGAUUGGCUGGGAGGCUGCGGGACGAGGCCCGGAGGCCCGGCCGAGCUGGGGGAAGGUGGGGAGGGCAGGCCCCAGAGGAGGGGAAUGAGCUCGGUUUGCUGGCCUCCCUCCCCACCCCCGCCGCACACACUCAGGACGUCUUCACUGAAGAUACACUUACCGAUGAAUGUUUCACUAAA